AUGGCAAAAGGAACAAUUACGUUAGACAUUGCGCGAAGCGAACAUGAUUAUAAAACCUUCAUCCAAAAAAUACGCGACAAAGCAAAGGACGGUAAGAGACAUUCCCAUGGUCGUCCAGUGUUACCACCAAGCAAAGGCGCGCCCGUCGAAGUUAUCAAUGUUCAAUUACAAUUCAACAAUGACCAUCAACUAAUCGUGAGAAUUAGACGCUACGUCUUAUAUGUGAUGGGCUAUUGCACGAAAAAUGGUCAAUGGUUCGAGUUUAAAAAUGAAAAUAACGUUCAUACGAUUUCAGGAUCUCAAUUCCUUGGCUUUACCGAUAGCUACAAUGAUAUGAUUUAG